GACACGCGCCCCUCGCCCUAACGCUCCCUUAGGGAGUUAGGGUUUGUCCAAUUCAAUUCCAAAGCCGCCGCAGAUACCCGAUGGUGGCCACCGUUGCCAAACAUAGACCUCGCCACCGACAUUCCCAUCUUUCCUAGCAAGCUGGCUCUACCAAUUAAUCAAAACAGUCCAAAGGAAACCCUCAUUACGAUUAGUUCUUGUCUAACCAAAACCUACAUUGACCCAGUCAUUUGUAGACCCAAUUUGCUUCGAUUCUUCCACACCGAUAGUACCCAAAGCUGGUAUAUUUUCCCUUAACUUCCCAAUCGAUGGUUGCCUGAUUGUACCUCCAACGGAAGCUUUGCGGCGAUUACGCUGAACUCACAGAAUCAUCUACCAGUUGGGGACUGGUCGCAUGCGAGUAAGCAAGGCUUGGUUCACGGAACUCUAGACUACCCACUUCAUGUUUGGGUUUUUUUUUUAUCCAAUCCAGGAUAAUACUAUGCUUCUAAAACCUGUUGAAGACCUGGAAAUUUGGGAAGCAGUGAAAAGUAUUGGUGGGCUUAAGGCCCCUGGACCGGAUGGUUUACAUGCAUCCUUCUUCCAUGAUUGCUGGGAGGAAGUUAAUGACACUGUGAUCCCUAUGAUCAAGGAUAUUUUUCAAGAUUCUAAGGCUAGGAGGAGCUGCUGCGGAGGCAUCAGCACCGACCCAACUUGUUGGGACAAAUUCCCUCAAUACCCCCAGCAAACCACAUUACAUGAGGACUACUCUGUAGUGGGGAAGAGAGCCUGGUAUCCGGACAUUCACGCCCCAGCUAGUCUAGGAGUUUCCUCUUUUGCUCACCAUAGUUCAAAGAUAGACGGGAAGACGUCAUCAUUAGAGCUCCAUGAAGCAUCCAUAAUAUUCAGAGAUUGCAUAGGGUUGAUUAACGUAGAUCUUAACAAAAUAGCACACGUACAAAAUGUAGUGCAAGUUAGAAGGAUAUUAGGUUGUCCUAGACCUGCUGCAAACCACUUAAAGGCUGUUUGCUGCUUUUGUUUGCUUAGGUGGAAUCACUGCAGAUUCAUUUCUGAUUUCUCUUGUACAAGCUCAAAAUACUUGUGUCGGUAUAUAUAAAAUCAGAACAAAGACUUGCAGCAAA